UAAAAUAUUAGCAUUGUAAUUGAAAAACAUAAUACUUGAAGUAUUAAAAUAUUUGCAUUACUUAAGCGUGUAAAUCGAUUUUUCAAAUUGCCUACAACAGCAGCUCAAUCCACAGCGUGUAAAAUAUGAAAAUGCCAACACUUGACACUUUACCAUUUUAACAGUGAUAAGGAAUAGCGACAUUCAUACAUAUUACAUACGUACAUACAUACAUACAUACCAACAUUUAUAACUAGGAAAUUAUAACACAGCAUUUCCUACAAACAUUGACUCUUGUGUUUAUAUGUGCAGUGCGCAGGCGUGCUCCCAUCCCCAACAUUAACAAUAGCAUCAAUGGCAAUUGUACAUAGUAGGUACAUUUGUAGUAGGUGUGGUGGAUUAAAUGGUUAAAAUAAAAUAGCGACGAUGUCAGUGUCUUUUGAAGUUUGGCCUCGUGUAGACAAGCCUAAGCGGAUCCGUCAUCCUUUUUAGAAAACGGAUUGAGAGUGGCGAGUUUUGUACAAACAUAAAACGGUCUUCUUGUGCAUAAAUAACCCUACACUCAUGUGUGUGCACACACACCGACAUACAUACACACUACCAUGUAGUUAUUGAAUUUUCUUCAUACAAAAUGGGCUUUUCUGCAUUCAGACAUUACACAAAUAUACAAGUACAUUGUGUAUGCAUUAGAAAUGCAUAAAAAAAACUUAAAGUGAAAACGCAUAAACAACUAUUUGGGAACGGAAAUUUCAUAAAAAUUCGUUUAAACACACUUUCCAUUGACGCUAAUGAAAGUAGAUUUACUCCGUAUCGAGCUUAAGACAUAACACUAUUUCAAUAGAUUUGGCAGCAUGCAUCUGCACUUCGAACCGAGUGUGAAUACAAAAUGUGAUUGCACAAUAUUGUCGCUCUCAUGGAUGGGUAAAGUUCCUGAUGACAUACCAGAGGAUGAGGGCUGGAAAUUGAAUCGAACAAAUUAUUACCAAGAAGGAUGGCUGGCUACCGGAAAUAUCCGCGGCAUUGUCGGCGUGACAUUUACAACAUCGCAUUGUCGCAGAAAUAUGGACUUUCCGACACGUACCAAUUACAAUUUGCGUGGACAUCGUUCCGAUGUGAUUUUGGUGAAAUGGAAUGAACCAUAUCAGAAAUUGGCAUCGUGUGAUAGUUCCGGCAUCAUAUUUGUGUGGAUCAAAUAUGAAGGCCGUUGGUCCAUCGAACUGAUUAACGAUCGCAAUACGCCAGUUACGUAUUUCUCCUGGUCCCACGAUGGACGCAUGGCGCUGAUUUGCUAUCAAGAUGGUUUUGUGCUUGUAGGCUCGGUAGCCGGUCAGCGGUAUUGGUCAUCGAUGCUGAAUCUGGAGUCGACCAUUACUUGUGGUAUUUGGACACCCGACGAUCAGCAAGUGUAUUUCGGCACCACACAAGGUCAGGUAAUCGUAAUGGAUGUACACGGUGCGAUGGUGUCGCAAGUGCAACUCUGCAAUGAUGUUGGCAUAACAUCUAUGGCGUGGUCAUGUGAGAAAUUCAAAAUGGAAGAGGGUGAAGAAUCCGAGCCAGGUGUUACCAAUGCUUCUAAACGUUCUUUUGUAUUGGCUGUUAGCUUUCAAAACGGUUUUAUAUACUUGCUAAAGUCAUUCGAUGACGUAUCGCCGGCACAUAUCAACACAGGGCUUAGCGGCAGUAUAGGUAUGGUUAUGGAGUGGAGUAAUUCGCGUGAAUUGCUCGCUGUCGCUGGCACUUCGCAGACCACGUUAAACACUUUUGAUCAGCAAGGGGCGCCGAUCUAUGAGAAUCUCUUGAAAUUUUAUACCGAAUCUGGCAAAAUACUGUUUCAGACACGCCUUCCGAAUACCUCCGCAACGGUGUCUGCUCUCACGUGGGGUCACAACGACAAGCGUCUGUUCAUCGCAACUGGCACCCAGGUGCACAUUGCUUGGGUGUCCAGACGUAUAGCGUCACUACAAAUGCUGUGUCGUCUUCAAAUACAGGCGAGCAUUGGCUCAGAGCGCUCGUUGCACCUGCUUCCGUUGCCGUCACGAAUUAGGAGUCUGAUUGGCAAUCUUUUUGCUCAAACAAUAAGAGUAAGUGUGAUGAUUCUUCAACAGAGCGCUCGAAGCAAUUUAAAUUUCUUUUCUUAUGCACAGUGCUGUGUACCUGAUCUUAAAUCCGUACGUGAGUUCGUCUCCCGGCCACCAAUGUGUUCGACACGCUUGCACUGCACCAUGAUACGGCACGACGAGGAUCCAACUCAAAAUACCGGCAUUUGCUACACACUCUAUUUGGAAUAUUUGGGCGGUCUUGUGCCGCUACUCAAGGGCAAACGCACCUCGAAAAUACGUCCAGAAUUCGUGAUAUUUGAUCCACAAGCAAAUGAUUCACCGGUAUUCAUGCAAUAUUCUCCCGAAUGGAAGAGCUCCUCCGGUUCGAGUCAGUCUACAACCACCGGACAAAGCGGAAGAACUGAUUCUUCUGAUAGUGAAUUCGAAGAUCGUUACCGGAGCUCUCCACGUCCAUUACGGCAUCGAAAAUUGCGUCAAAAAAAGAGAAAUCAGAGCAAUGGAGAAAAAUAUUCAGUGAAUUCUCAAAUAGAUCCCGAUAGCUUGGAUGAACUCGCUUACGUUGAUACACUUCCUGAGGAAGAAAAACUGGUUGAGGUUACCUCAAACAUUUGGGGUACCAAAUUUAAAAUUCAUGGACUUGCCAAAACCGUCCCAGCCAAUUUAGGCCAAAUAACGUAUAAAACGUCCUUAUUGCAUCUGCAGCCAAGGCAAAUGACACUAGUUAUAACAGAACUGCGUGACGACUUUCCUUCGGGUCCGGAUCCAAAUUUUAAUCCGAAUAUUUUUUCCGAAGACGAAGAUGAUGCAGCUCUACUCAAUGGCAGUAGAAGUAAUGGCAAUACCUACAAUACCAAUUCGCUGACAAAUGCGGAAGGCCAAAUGAAAGCCACAUCGACGGCAGCUGCCGCUCAUCGUCGUCUCAACGAGUUAUCCCCACCAAUUGCACCAAUGUCACCACGUCCGAAUCAUCUGUUGGCGCGACAUAAAAACGCACUAAAUAACAAUGGUAUACAGUGUGCGAUAGGCAGUACUGGCUUAAGUCCAUUGGCUAGAGCCGAAUCUUAUGAUGACGAUUCGUCAAAUGAGUCGCAAGAUGUGAAUGGCUAUCACAAUGGCGCCAGAGCCAACCUACCCAACAGCAACCUACUACACAACACCAACGGUUCAAAUAAUAACAAAACGAUGCGUCCGAAGAAUAUUACUGCCACUACACCGGGUAUGCGCAGCAGUCUUGGACCUGGCUAUAGUAGCUUUAAAAAUAACUACAGUCGUUCUAGUUCGAACUCGAGCUCACAGUCCCGCCACGCGAUAUCGCCUUUAUACUGUGAUGGUUCGGUGCCAACAUUACAAUCACCGAAAAAUGCCGUCGCCCCAACGGAUAUAAUAUUCGAACGUCCGGCUGUCUCGGGCAAUGGUCAAACCACGGUUAUGUCGUACUCCAGCAACACGGACUACGCCAAUAAUGUUGUGCAAGUAAAGAAUGUUUUGCUACCCGAAAUGAUUCGAUCGACAAACAGUCAUGUCAACCCGGUACCCUUAAAUCUAAAUUUGAAUCUUGAACGCAUGGAUGCAAGACUUAAAACCACAGCGUGUAGCAGUAAUUACGCAGCAAAUAAUAAUCCCGUUAACAACAAUAACUCAAAACGUCGGGAUAUUUCAUAUAUAGAUGAAGAAGUACAAUCGCCCACCCAACAAGCUUUGAUUACUUUCACACCCGUUUCUACGCCUGUCGAAGUUCGCAUGAAGCGCACCACAACAGUCGUAUCCAUUGCACCAGCUAUGCCCGAUUCGAUUACACGCAGUUGUAGUGUUGGUUAUUUAGACUCGGAUGCUAUUACACCGUCCGACGAAGCCUUAAUGGCUUUGCGUAGAGACGCGCCGACUAAGCGUUUGAUCCUGGUAGACAAACGUAAGACUAGAAAAAAACGUCAAAAUAACGAGGACUCCCGCAAACCAAAACUGGAAAGAUCCGGCAAAUCAAAGAGUCUCGACUCCUGCGAAUUACUCUUCAGUCAAACAAAAUUAAGCAGUAAAGAACCCGAGAAGGCGCCACGUAAACUUCAAGAAAUCGCUGAAGGUAAAACCAGCACCACCGACUCCGGUGAACUAACAAAAUGUUUAAAAUGCCACAGAAGUGUCAAUCCCAACGAACAAUGUAAACAUUGCCAGCCAGCAGCCCUAACUGUGAGCGAUGAGCCGCAGAAGAAGGAAGAGAAGAUACGCUUAGUGUCCACAACAGCGAAAAAAGACGUCACAGCCAACACGCAUGUUUAUGAGAACUUAUAUAAGAGUCAGGAACAGCAAAAGCAAAUGCAACGCAAAACAGGUGGUACACCGAGAAAGAAAAAGCUGGAUGUAAUCACCAGCUUCACAGACAGCCCACUUUUCACGCGAAAACACCGCUUUGGCAUCAGAAGUCGCAGCAAAGAGACCGGUAGUAGCAGUGAGACGAACACCGAAAGCACCACACCAUUGCUGGGUCGUAAAAAUGAUAACGGUUUUAGCUUCGUCAAACAAUUAACCGAGGUACGCUGGCGUCGACGCGAGGCACAGAGUAAUGUAAAUACGGUCAAGACUCAACGUGAUUACUUGGGACAAACGCCAAGCGCCAGUACGAAUGGCAAUGCUGUGGAGGCCACGCCAGUGGAAGCUAAAGCCUCCGUCUCGUUGCAAGCGCAGGCACUUACAACAUUAGAGAACAUUAUCAGCCGUUUACGAGACCUCGAUGAGGGACGUCUCACUCCACCCGCUACACCGAAACGCCUACCGCGUAGCUCGCCAGCAUCGCCUGCUGUUAGUAAAAAGAACAAACGUCAGAGUAGUUCGCCCAUUCGUCACUUUUUGAAUUCACCUCUGCUAAAUAGGCGCUAUCGCAAAAAACAAUGCCUCAUAGAAAGUUCAGAUGACGAAGGCAACGGUACAAAUGGGUCAGGCGAAGAAAACGGCGGUGCCAGUUACAAUAAGCAAUAUCGUGAUUUGGAAACAUUCCAAAAGGCACAGCUACUACAAAAGCUAAAGCGUGGCAAAAUUGAGCCGAAUGGUUCUUCUUCAUGCUACUCGAGUCCCGCACCAGUUCGACGCGAGUUCGUGAUGCACAACAAAGCGCCAAUGUGGAAUGAGCUGAGUCAGGUGUAUCAGCUGGAUUUUGGUGGACGCGUUACACAAGAAUCGGCCAAAAAUUUCCAAAUUGAAUUCCGCGGUAAACAGGUAAUGCAAUUUGGGCGAAUCGAUGGUAAUGCAUACACGCUGGAUUUUCAAUAUCCAUUUUCAGCAUUGCAAGCGUUCGCUGUAGCGCUCGCCAAUGUUACGCAACGCUUGAAAUAAGUACAUACACACCUAUAUACAUACAUAUGUAUUUGUGUAUAUUUUUGAAGUAAUUGCAGAAAAGCACUGGUCUUCUGCCUGUAUUGAUAAACGAGUGUAAUCGGUGAUUCUAAGUAUUAAGCGUAAAAUACACGUACUAAAGGGGCCUAAAGUUUUAAUAUACAUACAUAUAUGUACAUCUAUACAAAAUCUUUGUUUGCGGCAUAAAUAAAUAGUGCAUGUGCACUUAUAUGAAUCUAGCUUAUACAGAUAUUUAUUGGAUAUUGUAACUAUCGUAGCUGUCAAUUUAUACGGAUCGUUUCGGCUUAUCACUUGAUUUCUAAAUUUUAUAAUCAAGCUGAAAUGUAUGUAUGUAAGUAAUUCGAUUUACGUCUCGAGCAAGUGAUUUCAGUUAAAUUAUUUGAAUGAACCUCAAAAAUAUCAAAAUGUUUCAAUAUAGCUAAUUUAGUGUUCGAAAAAUAGUCGACAUACGUCAAUGAAUAACAGAAGCCGAUUGUUGUUAAUGUUAAGUUAAAAAUUAUUAACUAUCGGAAGCUGCUUGAAUUGUACACAAUGCUUUUUUGCAAUAUUUAUACACUAAAUUAUUAACUUAAUUACGAAUUUAUUACUCUCCCUCAAAUAAUUUAUAUUUAUUUUAUUACGU